AUGCCUAAACAAGUUUAUUUGACAUUGUGUAAAAAACAUAAACUCACAUUAGAACCCGUUUUAGAUGCUUUCUCAUUAAAUGAAGUAGAAGAAGAAUUAGAUAGUAAAGAACAUUUAUAA